AAAAAAAAAUCAGAAAAAAAAAUGUUUGUAUGAGAAAAAAGCGUCUGGUUAUCCUCUCAAUCGUCAGGGAGAGAGUGAAAACGACCGAGAAGCAGCGAGGCACACAGAGAGAGCCCCAAAACGGCGUCGCAUGGAAUCGUCUCUCGCAGUCACUGCCUCUAAGCCAUCUGGUCGUUCGACUCUCUGAAUUCCGAAAUGGAGUGAGAGUUUCGUUGAACCUGCAACUGUUGAUUCACUGAGAUUAUAGCUUGCUUUUGGUUGGGGAUACAUUCAAUGGCGAUCGGCGGUUUGAUAUCGAACCGGAAUUUCGGUUCUUUUGUCGGUUCAGGGAAGGCAUGUCAAACGAACCACGCCAUUGUGCAUCACAAGGGAAAGCGUCUGUAUUAUCAGGGGAAAACAAUUUACCCAACUUUACGUACUUCGAGGGCUAGUGGUUCUAUAUCUGGAUACUCGUACAGCCCUUAUCCGCGUGCAAUUGGCUCUUCAGAUACAAACAUUCUGAAGGCAACAUGUAGGGUGCGUGAUGAAGGCGAAAACCCUCAUCUCAUCUUUCUGCAAUCUGCUAUAAGGUCUCAGAACAUCAUUACUAAACAAAUACUUAUAGGAAAUCGUAAAAGGUAUCUUUCUUCAAAUCACUUUUUUAGAAGUUGUUUACAAUCAAGAAAGUUGGAUAAGCUUGAUUACAGGAAAUAUCAUAAGUAUAAACAUGCUAAGGUUAACAGGACCUAUGCUUAUUACAAGUCAGAGGAUAAUGACAUAACAGAAUCAGAGGUAGACUCGCUCACAUCAAUAGAGGGGUCAAGUGAAGCUGUUUUGGCAGGUGGAAAUGUGCGUAAAUUAUCUUCUUGGUGGGAGAUUCCUAGGCGCUGGGUGAUUGUACUCCUUUGUUUUACAGCAUUCCUAUUGUGCAACAUGGAUCGUGUAAACAUGAGCAUUGCAAUACUUCCCAUGUCACAUGAAUUCAACUGGAAUAAUGCCACAGUCGGCUUGAUUCAGUCCUCUUUUUUCUGGGGUUACCUACUUACUCAGAUUCUUGGAGGCAUUUUGGCAGAUAAAAUUGGUGGAAAGCGUGUAUUGGGUUUUGGAGUGAUCUGGUGGUCAGUAGCGACAAUUUUGACGCCUAUUGCAGCAAAAAUCAGUCUUCCAUUUUUGCUUAUCAUGCGUGCUUUCAUGGGGAUUGGUGAGGGUGUCGCUAUGCCUGCUAUGAAUAACAUACUCUCUAAAUGGAUUCCAGUGUCUGAGAGAAGCAGAGCACUUUCACUAGUAUAUACUGGCAUGUACCUUGGUUCUGUCAUUGGGUUGGCUGUCUCUCCGAUUCUAAUCCAGAAGUUUAAAUGGCCGUCUGUGUUUUACUCGUUUGGCUCUCUUGGAUGUAUCUGGUUAGCAUUAUGGCUGAAUAAAGCAUAUAGCACACCAAAAGAAGAUCCGGAGCUUACCACAGAGGAAAAAGAGCUUAUCAUGGGUGGAAACAUAUCUAAGGAACCUGUUAAGGUCAUUCCUUGGAAGCUAAUAUUAUCAAAACCACCUGUUUGGGCUCUUAUAGUCUGCCACUUUUGCCACAAUUGGGGAACAUUUAUUCUAUUGACAUGGAUGCCAACAUACUACAAUCAGGUUUUGAAAUUCAACCUCACUGAAUCCGGGCUCCUCUGUGUCUUGCCAUGGUUGACAAUGGCUAUUUUUGCAAAUAUAGGAGGCUGGAUUGCAGAUACACUUGUCAGCAAAGGGUUUUCUGUAACGACAGUUCGUAAGAUCAUGCAAUCAAUUGGGUUUCUGGGACCAGCCUUUUUCCUUACGCUGCUGAGCCGUGUCAAGACACCCGCAAUGGCAGUGCUAUGCAUGGCAUGCAGUCAGGGAUCUGAUGCAUUUUCACAAUCGGGUCUCUACUCCAACCACCAAGACAUUGGACCUCGCUAUGCUGGAGUAUUGCUGGGACUCUCAAACACAGCAGGAGUUCUUGCUGGUGUCUUUGGUACAGCUGCAACCGGCUACAUACUCCAACGAGGUUCUUGGGAUGAUGUAUUCAAGGUCUCUGUUGUAUUGUACAUCAUGGGCACAUUAAUCUGGAACUUAUUUUCUACCGGAGAGAAAAUUAUUGACUAGAGAAACGCAAGAAGAGAAGGAACGGAAUUAUGACAAGAUGGAAGAAACGCAAACACAUGAAGGGAAAUCUGGCUAAGCGAAGUAGCUUUUAAAUUGGUUUUGUAACAACAUAUGAGCCUUUUGCUUUGCCCAUACAAUGCUAAUUGUUUCGUAUAGCUGUUAAUUUCUUUCCUAAUAAUAGUUCACAGAUUAAUCAGAAGAAGAAGAAGCAUAUGUAUUCUAUUUCAAGUUGAUGGAAUAUAAGAACCAGCUACAUCUGUCUUUCUGACUA